CUGCAUGCAAACCACUAGAAUAGUCAAAAUAGUCUGCAAGCAAGAACAAGGAUUUUGAUACUCUGUUCCCCUGAAAUGCAUGCAAGCACAUCGAUCGAUCUCACUCUCCUUCCCAUCAAAUUCUCGUCUUUAUAAGCUCCAACCAUUCUUCCCGAUUAAACACACAUCUCCUAUAGCUCAUCACAUCUCUACAUACAAGUGACCAGUGAGAGUAAUUUGGCGCCAUCCAUGGCGGCAUUAAGCCAGCUGGUACUAGUUACAGCCUUUUUGGCCGCUGCAUUGCUCCCACUGGGCAUGGCGGCGACGACGUAUCCCAUCGGCAGCUUCUGCUCGGAGUCCGGGAUGAACUACGGCGAUCUCAACAGCAGCGAGGCCGUCGUCAGGCGGCGCAGCGUCAACUUCGUCGUCUCCGACCUCGUCGCCAAGGCGCGCACCGGCGGCGGAUUCGCCACCUCCAGAGCCGGCAGGGGGUACGACGCCUUCUACGGCCUCGCGCAGUGCCGCGGCGACGUCUCCGGCGGCGACUGCGACGCCUGCCUCGCUCAAGCCGCCAAGCAGAUUGUCUCCAACUGCAACUACACAUCAGACUCCAGAAUAUGGUACGAAUACUGCUUCAUGCGGUACUACAACUACGACUUCAUCGGGGAAGUGGAUACGAGGGAGGAUGCAAGCGUGACCAUGAUAAAUUGGCAGAACAUGGACAACCCCAAGGCAUUCCAGAAGGCAGCGGGGAAAGCUAUGGGAAAGGCGACAGCACAAGCUGUUGCAGUGGGUAGGAGUGGGCUAGGCAGGGCGAAGGAGCAGUACACGCCGUUUGUGAGUGUUUACGCGUUAGCACAGUGCACGCGAGACCUAGCGCCGCCAGCGUGCGCACGGUGCCUAUCGGAGAUAGUGUCCAAGUUUGACAAAACUUGCAACAGCGCUCAAGGAUGCCAGAUUGAUUACAGCAGCUGUUGGGCGCGCUACGAGAUCUACCCCUUCUACUUCCCACUCGAGGCAGGCAGUCGUGCCACUAUCGACAUGUCCAAGUACACCAAGGUCACCAUGCACUAAAUAAAUCUAGCAUAUACAUAGGCUAUGCGUACAAUGCGAUAAUGCAUACAUACAUAUAUACGUCGUACCGUGUAGCAGUAUAUGCAGAUGUGAGAUCAAUCCCAAUAAUAGUAUUUAUGUUUAUGUUUAAUUUCAGGAAUAUGUAUGCAACGAAUAAAUCAUAUGUAAAAGGUUAUAUAUGUAUAAAGUUGUAUCACCCUUAUUUAUCAUGCUAGCUGCAGUUUGUUUGGAAUAAAUUAAUAAAGAUGUGUAUUGGGCAUGUUGUACAAUAUCA